AUGAAUAGUAGAGUUGUUAUCAAAAGAUGUUUAUAUAACCAAAAAAAAUUCUAUAGUACUAACGUGAUAAAUAAUGAAUUUUUUGAAAAAAAUUUUUCAAUUCCUAACUCAAUCGUUAAAAAAUCCAAUAAACUUGUUUCACGUUUAGGUUUUGGUAGUUAUAGAAUUAAUCAUAAAGAUGAAGAAUCACAUCAAGCUCUUAGACUUUCGAUAAAUAAUGGAAUUAAUGUUAUAGAUACAAGCUCAAAUUUUGAAAAUGGUGAAUCGGAACAAGUCAUUGGAAAAGUUUUAAAAGAACUUUUUAGUAAAGGUUCUGUUAAACCUGAUGAUUUAGUAGUAAUUUCUAAAGCAGGCUAUUUUCAAACAUUGGAUACAACAACAACAGCAUCAUUGGAUAAUUCUUUUGUUAAAAUCAAUAAUCAAUCUUUUCAUUCAAUGUCACCAAAAUUUUUAUGUGAACAAUUAAAUGAUUCUUUGAAAAGAUUACAAUUGGAUUGUCUUGAUAUAUUUAUGUUAAAUAAUCCUGAAAGAAUGUUACAAGCAAAGAAUAAGCAUUAUUCAAUUAAUCGUUUAUAUGAUGACAUUCUAAAAGCGUUUGAUUACUUGGACACUGAAGUUUCUAAAGGAAGAAUCAAAGGAUAUGGAAUAUGUUCAAAUUCCAUGGCUAAAACAUCAUCAAUUGAUCAUAUAUCCUUACCAAAAAUAUAUGAGAAAAUGUCAUCAAUUAAUAAGAAAAAUUUCACAGCAAUACAAUCAAAUGACAUAUUUGUUUUUACAAAUCGUCCAUUAAAUGCCAUCGCACCUGAUGAGACAAUUAGAAUAUUGGUAAACAAUAAAAAUAGUUUAUAUUCAUUGGAUAAUUUAAUUACAACAAAAUUUGUAUGGUCACAAAUAUUAUCAGAAAAUUUAUCUAAAUUAUCAAAAAAUUAUUUUGCAACUAAACAUUAUUUAAAUAAGAAUGUUAAACUUUAUAUUAAUAAUGAUUUAAAUCAAUUACAAAAUUUGAUCAACAAUAGCAAUAUAAUUACUACUUUAUCUUCAGAAGAAAGAUUAAGAUUAGAAAAUUGGAUCAUUGAUUAUAAAAAGGAAUCACAAUUAUUAAUAUCAUCAAUCAUCAAUUAUUCACAUUUAAAUUUGCUUCAAACAAAUAAUGAACUUGAUUCUUUAUUAUCAAUUGUUUCGCCUUCGUUAAACUUGGAAUCUGAAGAAAAAGAAUUCCAUUCACCAUUAUCUAUCAAAGCUUUACGCAUCUAUUUAGCCAAUUCAAAUAUUGGUUGUGUGCUGGUUGGUAUGAGAAAGCCCAUUUAUGUUAAAGAUUCAAUUAAUACUUUGAAGUUAAGUGAUGGAGAUUCUAUGACUAUGGAAGCUUUAGAUGAAAUAUAUAAAGUAUUUUUGACAUCACAUAUAUAA